GGUCUAAUGAAGAAUGAAGGAAAACAGCGUUAUGGUGAUGCAUAUAGGAAAUGGCAAAUCGAUGCUCCCAACUUUGUCAUUGAUGGUCACUUUCCAGUCCGAGAACUUUGGGUCCGGGCACAGAAUUGUUGGAGCAGGAUUUUAAGCUCCCAAGGCUCUUCAAUUCUUGUGGUGGCUCACAAUGCUGUGAACCAGGCACUUGUUGCCACUGCCGCUGGAUUGGGACCACAUUACUUUAGGCAACUUUUGCAGAGCAACUGUGGAGUGACCGUGCUUGAUUUUACACCACGUUUUAGUGGUGAUGGGCCUCCAUACACUUGUCUCGACAGACUUAAUCAGACUCCAAGUCCACCAGUUGCUGCGGGUGGAGGAAGAAAAGCACGGUGCUGCCUUGUUCUUGUUUGCCACGGAGCUACUGAAAGUACUGUUCAGAAGCGAUUUCCAUCCUCGGACAAGGAAACCAUGAACAUGCUGGGAGUUAUUCAGUCACGUAAGACAGCAGAAUUACUGCUUGAUGUUAGAGCAGGAAACAUUUUUUCCGGUCCGCAACCUUGCUCUGUGAGCACGGCAGCUUCAAUCGCCGAGGUUCAAGAGGCUGCUGAUUGUCUGGGAGCUGACUGCGUUCCCAGAUACGUAGAGGUUCAAACACUACCUGAAUUAGACGACAUGAAUUGGGGAACUUGGCAGGGGAAACUAAAAGAAGAAGUCGCCCAUCGUGAACGAUGGCAGGACUUUCUCCAGCACGAGACCGUCGAGGGAGCCGAAAGCUUGGCACACCUGUGGGAGCGAGCUGGAAACGCCUGGAAGAAACUCACGCUCAGCCUCAAGGAUCUGGAAGGCACAGAAAACAGCACGGCUGUGGUGGUGGCUCACGAGACGGUUCUCACGGCUUUGCUCGCCCACUGCCUCGAUCUCUCGCAGGCCUUCCUCGGAUCCUUUCGAUUGGACACCGCUGGAGUGUGCGUGAUCGAUUUUCCCGAUGGAUACUCCGGCAAGGGCGUGGUUCGCUGCUGGAACUACACGGCCCAUCUCGGGCGAUGGGCGGUCCCAGUUACGCGCCCAACGCUGGGAGACGAGGAGUUCUAAGGAGACGCGCGAAAACAAAGAUUUUAAAUUUGAAGCUCGUCGGGGGUUCGAAACCCGGCAUAAGCGAACAAAAUCUAGUCUCCAACUUAGGGUUCUUCGUUUGUUCCAUGGCGACGGUGGCAGCGCAGAUAUCCUCGCGCGGGGCGAAUCUCAUUGCUGUGAUUGCGGACGAGGACACCGUGACGGGAUUCUUGCUGGCAGGAGUAGGGAAUGUGGAUCUGCGCCGCAAGACGAACUAUCUCCUCGUGGAUUCCAAGACGACUGUCAAGACGAUUGAGGAGACAUUCCGGGAUUUCACCACCAGGGAGGACAUUGCCGUCAUCUUGAUCUCGCAAUACAUCGCAAACAUGAUUCGCCUCACGAUCGACGCCUACAGCAAUCCCAUACCCGCGAUUCUGGAGAUCCCGUCCAAGGAUCACCCCUACGAUCCAUCGCAAGACUCCAUCUUGUCUCGCGUCAAGCACAUGUUCUCCGGCGAGCCCGCGAGCGCUUCCAGCAGACAAUAGGAAAGAUUUCUUCGCGGAUACUAAACCCUAGCUUGGAUUUUAGGGUUCUUCGCGGCUAUGGAUACCAAGCAAUGGAUCGAGACUGGGCUGAGGAAAUUCCAGGAAGUGAGGAGCCGGCGCCAGCAGCUCCGGAGCGAGGCUGCCGCGGAGGCGAUGGUGGAUCCUCGCGUAAUUCUCACCAGGAAGGCAAUCUACGCGCUCGCAAUCGGCUGGAUGGGCGUCUUGGGGUAUCUCUACACGAUCAAUCGAUCCUGGGACAAGGCCGCUGAGAAGUCCGCCGCUGCUGCCGCCGCCGCGAACAGCCGCCAGCGCGAUGGGAUCUAAUCGAUCGCUCUUUCUUUC